GAAGUCGGAUGCUUAACCGACUGCGCCACCCAGGCGCCCCUGACUCCUAUGGUUUCUAAAGAGUCUCCAGUACAUGAGGUCAGAAUAGCUGCUACCGUCAGCUUUCUAUGCCCUGCCUGGAUUCCCUCCAUGCCUCUCUGCUUUCUCUGUUUUCUUCCUUCACAGAUUAGUAUGAAUGACCUGGCCCUGCCUUCCGCAGAAUGUGAUCUGGUAUCAGGGAGACCUGAAUCAGACAAUUAGAAGACAAUGGUUUCAGAACCAAAAGCACUAGGAAUGGUGGGGUCACAGAUAAGGGUCAUCAGAAGGUUCCCAGACCUGGAAGACUCUUAGUUGUGCAAAAGGAGUGACCAGUGGGAGAGCAGGGGACCUAAACCACUAAUUUAUCUGGAAGGCUAAUGGGAGCUGGAGUCAGGGUUUUAAGCCAACUGAUGAGAUUUGCACUUGAGAAAAUUUCCUUUGGCUGCGGAAGGUUCGCCCUCCUGGAAACCACCAUGUCGUGGACUCGUUCAAUGUGCUCCUAGUUCCAGAGGAGCAGAGGGGAAGUCGGACUCGGCGAGGUCCCCGAGGGCCCAGCGCCUUCAUCCCAGUGGAGGAGGUCCUUCGGGAGGGAGCAGAGAGCCUGGAGCAACAUCUGAGGCUGGAGGCAUUGAUGUCCUUGGGGCGAGUGGACAACCUGGCGGUGGUGAUGGGCCUGCACCCUGACUACCUUAGCAGCUUUUGGCGUCUACACUACCUCCUGCUGCACACAGAUGGGCCCCUGGCCAGCUCGUGGCGCCACUACAUUGCCAUCAUGGCUGCCGCCCGCCACCAGUGUUCCUACCUGGUGGGGUCCCACAUGGCUGAGUUUCUGCAGACUGGUGGUGACCCUGAGUGGCUGCUCGGUCUCCAUCAUGCCCCCGAGAAGCUGCGCAAGCUCAGCGAGAUCAACAAGUUGCUGGCACACCGGCCGUGGCUCAUCACCAAGGAGCACAUCCAGGCCUUGCUGAAGACAGGCGAGCACAGCUGGUCUCUGGCGGAGCUCAUCCAGGCCCUGGUCCUGCUCACCCACUGCCACUCGCUGGCCUCCUUUGUGUUUGGCUGCGGCAUCCUCCCUGAGGGGGACCCAGAGGGCAGCCCUGCCCCCCAGGCACCUUCACCCCCCAGUGAGCAGAGCAGCCCCCCCAGCAGGGACCCAAUGAACAACUCUGGGGGCUUCGAGGCUGCCCGAGACGUGGAAGCGUUGAUGGAGCGCAUGAGGCAGCUGCAGGAGAGCCUGUUACGGGAUGAGGGAGCAUCCCAGGAGGAGAUGGAGAGCCGCUUUGAGCUGGAGAAGUCAGAGAGCCUUCUGGUGGCUCCCUCAGCUGACAUCCUGGAGCCCUCUCCACACCCAGACAUGCUGUGCUUUGUGGAGGACCCCACUUUUGGAUAUGAGGACUUUACCCGGCGAGGGGCUCAGGCACCCCCCACCUUCCGUGCCCAGGAUUAUACCUGGGAAGACCAUGGCUAUUCACUGAUCCAACGGCUCUACCCUGAGGGUGGGCAGCUGUUGGAUGAGAAGUUCCAGGCAGCUUAUAGCCUCACCUACAACACCAUUGCCAUGCACAGUGGAGUAGACACCUCCAUGCUCCGGAGGGCCAUCUGGAAUUACAUCCACUGUGUCUUUGGUAUCAGAUAUGAUGACUAUGACUACGGGGAGGUGAACCAGCUCCUGGAACGGAACCUCAAGGUCUAUAUCAAGACGGUGGCCUGCUACCCAGAGAAGACCACCCGAAGAAUGUACAACCUCUUCUGGAGGCACUUCCGCCAUUCAGAGAAGGUCCACGUGAACUUGCUGCUCCUGGAGGCCCGCAUGCAGGCUGCCCUUCUCUACGCCCUCCGUGCCAUCACCCGCUACAUGACCUGACUGCGAGCAGGAUCUGGGCCCGGAGCAGCUGACCCUGGGGGCAUCCUCCUCCCUGCAAGGACUUCUCUUUCUGGAGACAGACCCCGAUCCUUUUCUGUCCCAGCCCCCCCCUCCCCUACUCCGGAGGUGGGCUUGUGUGUGACUUGUAGCCCCUGAGCCGUACCCUCCUUUUUUCUCCCCAGAACGGACAGGAUCAUUGCAUUGACCUCAGCAGAGAUCUCUGCAGAGAUCUCGGCUCUGCCCUCGGGAGCUGGAAGAGGAGGACUAGCAGAUCGCAAGGGACCGUGCCCCUCUUCCUGCCCCUGACCCCAGAGGCGGGGGGCGCCGGAAGGAAAUGAGCUGAGCUCAGACUCGCGUGCCAGCAGGCUGGGCCGCAGGCAUCACAAGUGCUGUGGCCUUCCUGGACUGGGAAGUCCCUGCCUGCCCCUGAAGGAGAGGGGCAGACACCUGCAGGGACUGACACUCCAAGCAGUUGUGCCCUUUCUCCUCCUCCUCCUCCCUCACUCCCAGAUUUCAUUACCUCCCACCUGCCAUUCACCCAUCAAUGUGAAAGUCAGUGUCACAGCUGGUCUGUGUGUUCGGCUCCCCAGAAGCCUGUUCUGCUGGGCAGCCUGAAGGCCCCCUGUUCCCUAGUUGCCCUGAUCCUAGUUUAGCACCUUUGACUUCCUUCACCCUCUGACUCUUUUUUUCCCAUGCCUGAUGCUGUGAGGCCCCAGAAGAGAGAUCAAGCACGUCAAAAAAGUAGAUUGUCUCUAGAGAGCUUGGGGUGUCUGUGGGCCCCUCUGACUUCUGAAGAGGAGGGAGUAUUAUAAAUUCUCUGUAUUUUUGGUUCUUUAUGGGUGAGGUUCUUGGGGGCCUCACUUCUCUAGCCACAGUCAAUGCCUGAGGAGAAGGACAAGGAGAAAUCUGUUCUGCCUGGGACUGUACCUGCCCCACAGAGGCCAGCACCCCACUCUCCUAUGUCCCACGGCUGUGCCACAGACAUUUCCCAACGAGUGAGCCUUCCUAGGUGGCUUAGGAGGAAUGGGCUCAGGGGGCGAGUCAGGAGACCCCAGGGUCUUGUUUGGGUCCUGCCCAAACUGGUCAGGUGACCAGGGCUAUGUUGCCAAACAUCUUUGACCUCCGUUUUUACAGUCGAAGGCUGAGACUGUAUGUGAGGUCUGAGUCUCCUCUGGGCUUCUCAGGCCGACCUGCCAGCAGCGAACUGCAAAUCUUGCAGAAUCUCAAAGGCCUCUAGGGACGCCCCGCCCUGGCAGGCAGCCUCUCCUGGCCACCUUCCAAGGACACCUCCCACCCCCCCCACCCCCCAUCCCAGUUUCUGUCCCCUCCUCGAUUUAAGUGGAUUGCUCGGAGGCAGAAGCAGCCAAGGACCGAUCCCAGGCACUUUCUGUAGCAAAUAAGCUGUGAAUUGGUGACUGAAGACAGGCAAGGGUCAUGAUGCUGCUGCUUCUGACCCUCCUCUCUGAAGAGGGACAGAAGAGGAGCCCGUUCAGCAGCGUGCCACAUUUCACACCCGUGCAGGCAUGGGGAAGCGGCUGGCACCCCCUUCAGGCCUCAGGCCCUCUGUGCAAUGAAGCUGAGCAGGAGGGAAGAGGCCCCAGCAUUGGGGCUCGGCUUCUAGAAGGGACGUCAUGACUCUGUAAAUGUCCCCUGGGUGGGUCGGGAGGGGUAUCUAGCGUUCAAAUGCAGAAAUCUUUGGCUUUGCUACCAGUUCUGUAUGCUGAGAAAUAAAAGUUCACCGAGGUUUUGUUUUGUA